AUGUCCCCUUCUGAUAAACAGGCUAUAAAGAUUCAGGCAUGGUGGCGUGGCACCCUGGUGCGCCGAACAUUGCUGCACGCAGCUCUCUGUGCUUGGAUCAUUCAAAACUGGUGGAAGGAGAAGAGGAGAAAGCUGUGGGACAAGAACUGGCAGACGACACUGGAGACCUUUACCCGGCAGGAGUGGGCAGCAGUCAAGCUGCAGUCCUGGGUCCGAAUGUGGCGCAUCCGUAAGCGCUAUUGCCGCCUGCUCAAUGCAACCCGCAUCAUCCAGGCCUUCUGGAGGUGUCACUCCUGCCAGACGCGGGGUUUCAUUAAGGGCCAGUACAAAAUUACGGCAGACCAGCUGCAUCUCCAGUUAGAGUUCUUGCUGGGUUCAGGGCCUUACAUUGUGACGGAGUGUAUUCCCCUUACAGUAAAGCACUGA